CACACAUCAUCAGCAGCAUCAGCUUCUUCCAGAAGUUUCCUCGCACGCUUUUUUGCUCGGCGACAACACUCUUAUAUGGAGACGUUGUUUUAUUUUAUGUUGUGGGGUUUAAGUUCAGUGACUUUUUAUCUCCUCGUCCCAGCGAAGUGUAGGAAGUUGUCUACGGACUGUGACAAGUGAGGGAAGCUAACCUUGACAGUUAGCUAGCCAGCUAUUGUCCGCAGCAGUGACAGCUGCGGCGGCGGUGGAGCCCGUUAACCUGGCCCCCACACGGGACCGCUGGAUAUGUUGUUGGACCUGAACAGAAACUAAAUCGUCUGGUCUGACAAUGUUUUUAUGAAGUGGAAGAAGAAGUGACCGGUUAUUGACAUGAGUAAAGAUUACUAUAAAGUGCUAGGAAUAGCCAAAGGUGCCUCCGAAGAUGAGAUAAAAAAGGCUUACAGAAAACAGGCCCUGCGCUUUCAUCCCGACAAAAACAAGUCUCCCGGAGCAGAAGAUAAAUUCAAGGAGAUAGCUGAAGCCUAUGAUGUCCUCAGUGAUGCCAAGAAAAGGGACAUUUAUGAUCGCUUUGGAGAAGAAGGAUUAAAGGGUUCAGCUGGUGGCGGAGGUGGAGGACACAGCGGUCAAAGCUACAACUACACCUUCCAUGGAGACCCUCACGCAAUGUUUGCGGAGUUCUUUGGUGGCCGGAGUCCUUUCGAUCACUUCUUCCCACAAAACGGGGAGGAUGACAUGGACAUCAACGACCCCUUCACGCCAUUUGGCAUGGGAAGAAUGGGUGGCAUGAGUGGGUUUCAGAGGUCCUUCAAAUCCCACCCAGGAGGCCCCCGCAGAGCGCACGAGAAGAAGAAGGACCCGCCCGUGAUGCACGAGUUGAAGGUGAGCCUGGAGGAGGUCUUCUCGGGCUGCACUAAGAAGAUGAAGAUUUCCCGCAAAAGACUGAACCCGGACGGCUGCACCAUGCGUAACGAAGACAAGAUUUUAACAGUCGACAUCAAGCGCGGCUGGAAGGAGGGGACGAAAAUCACCUUUCCCAAGGAGGGAGAUGAAACUCCCAGCAACAUUCCUGCAGACGUGGUGUUUGUAGUUAAAGAUAAACCCCACCCGGUGUUCAGAAGAGAGGGCUCAGAUAUUAUCUAUCCUGCAAAAAUAUCCCUCAGAGAAGCGUUGUGUGGAUGCACAGUCAACGCCCCGACACUAGACGGCCGGACCAUCACUGUGUCCUCCAGAGACGUUGUCAAACCUGGCAUGAAAAAGCGAAUUGCUGGAGAAGGGCUCCCUCUGUCCAAGUGCCCCGAGAAGAGGGGUGACAUGGUCCUGGACUUCACGGUGAAAUUUCCUGAAAAGCUGGGCCAAAGCACACGCGAUGCACUCAAGCAGAUCCUUCCACCAUGACAUGAAAUGAUAAAAGUUUGCCUCAAAAAUCUAUAACGUUAACAUCUCCAGCAACACACCCUCCUGUGCUUUUCAGCCUGGACAAUUGAGGCUCAGGGCAGAUUUGGUUCCAGCUCAGUUUAAUUUUACCGUCUGAACACCAAAUCUAUUUUUCCUGCCCAGCAUCUAGUCCGUUUAUUGAGUGUCUUAAGACUUGGAAACUGAAAGCUUACUUAAUGUUCUGUGUGUGCGUUCGGUGGAGGUUGAAUAUCAACAGUCAGGUUUCCAUCCAAAUAUAUCUCAAAUUUGAACCGAAUUUCGAGAAAAUCAGCAAAAAGAAAACCCGAAUGAAUGCUGGUUCCACCCACUCCCGUUAUGCAAUUAUUAGAAAUCGGUUCAUCGAGAUGAGCAGCAGGUGACGCCAUUUGUCCAGUCGGAAAAACCAUUACAGCAGUGCAGAAGAAGAGGGUGCAACAGUAUGACGUAUUUAAAAGAGCGCCGUUCAAAGCUUAAACAGUUUAAAAAAAAAAAAAAAUUUGAAAACUGGAUGGAAAUAAUACAUUUCUGUUUGUGUUUGUAUUAAUGUGAGGAAGGUUACAUCAGGUCUGCGUAGAGCGAUGAGGAGCCUGUUUGUCGUCGCAGGGUUAGGGUUAGGGUUAGGGUUAGGGUUAGGGUUAGGGUUAGCGGCGCAGAAGCUUCAGUGGACGUUGAAGUCACACGUGUGUCACUUUGUCACAUUUAGCUUUUUAUCCACACACCAACGCUUUCAGCUCAGCCAAGCAUAGCAACUUUCUUUCGCGGUAUUUCAAGAUUACUUUCUUUUGUAAUUCUUAGCGUUUCCGCGAAAUGCGCAUAAAAACCGGUGGAUGGUAACGCUCCUGGUCAGAUUGAAGGAGGAAAAGUAAAUAGUUUGUAUAUAGAUAAAUAAUACAAGAUGUAAUGUGAUAAGAUUAUGGUUUGGUUUCAGGAAAGGAGAACCAGAGUGCUUUUUUAAGUUCACUUAGAAAUGUAACAAAGUAACUGAGGACUUGUUUUCACAGUAGCAGUUUUUGGGAGUGCUUUUUAAGGGAGCACGCAGCCAGCUAAUUAACAAUACCUCAGGUGCAGUGACGCAUGCUUUAAUGUAGCUUUAACGACAUCACUCGACAGGACAUGGUUUUUGUUUGGCUUUUAGAUGAAGUUGAGGCUUAAAUACAUCCUGAGAGGUGAAACCGUUGGAUCUGAUCCUUGGUAUCGGCACCAACACUGACUUUAUGAAGCGGAUCAGUAUCAGCCCGAUGUGACCGAUAAACGUUAAAUAUAUUUUCUAUGUUUCACUUAUCUGCACUCGUAGUCUCUGUCGGCCUGCCAGUUUUUAGGGCCACAAUCUGAAACUGAUAAGAAAAAUCUAAUAACAAACCUAAACAUAAUGACUGUCUCCAGUUAUAAUUAACAAGGGAUAUUAAGUUACAGUUGCGUAACUUUUCGUAAGAAUAAUUCCUAUGGGUUCCACAUUUUAAAUUUAGGAGAGCACUGAGAAGUACUUUGUAUUGUCAGAUUUCUGAGUUAAGAUAUAAAAUUGCUUUUAGGAGAGAAAACACUUGGAUUGGUGAAUCCCUGGUGUUUAAGAUGGCACACCUGCGAACUGUUUACUUUUACAACAACUUGUUUAUCCAGCUCCAUACUUAUAGAAAAUAUAUGCGGGAAGACUUUUUGUGCCAAAUAAUUGUCCCUAUGUAAUGUGUGUGCGCGUGUGUGUGUGUGUGUGUGUAUCUCAGAGUAUGUUGAGAGCAUGUGUGUAUCCUGUUACCGUGCGUGUGACUGACAAACUACCAAAAGCUAUUUACUGCACUUGUUUGAAGAUGCUUAACUUACAGUAUGUAUGAUAUUUCAGUUCCUUAUUACUCUGUCUGUCAUCAGUCUGUUCCCGGCUAAGUAUCGCAGAGACUGAGAUGUAAAAAUAUAUGUUUAAACCCCCCCCCAACUUAAAGGCCUGCAGAAUAUAUUUUUGUUUGAUUAUUUUGUCCUAUAUCUCUUAUUCACUCCAAGAUGUACAGCAUCUGGAAAUAUGUAGUUAAAACUACAUAUUGAACUCUGUCAUAUUCAGCCCUGUGCACCUUUGACUGUAGUGAUGAUGGAAGUUAGUAAAUCAGUGUUGGUUCUUUUUCACCUUAAGUAUUUUUGGUGUUGACUGCUCCUGCUGGAGUUUUAAGUUUCUUACAUGUGGUUUAACAUGAAUGUAGAGAUGUGUAAUCUCUGUUAUGUGUAACUUUUUUUGUUAAAAAAAAAGAAGGAUAUUUACUUUUGUUUCCUUUGCAAAUGUUUUCCUUGUGUUGAGGGGAAACGGGUGUAAGCAUCAUCUUGUUUUACCUCCUGUUUAUGUUGUUUUGAGAUGCCUCAGGUUGGGAUUCAAGAUAUUUCUGAUUUUUAUCAUAAAGCAAAGAUAGACAUUUUUAAUAGAUCCUUCCUAUGCUGUGAUUUGCAUUUCCACAUUAAAGAGACUGGCAAAUAUCUAAUCAAUUAUGGCCUACAUGUUUUAGUUAUUGAGGACAUUUUGCAAUCUUGUGCUAAAAGGUGAGAUUCAAAGUUAGUUAGGCUCUAACUGUGUUGUAUGCAAUAUGUUCUUUUAGCAAAAUGUGAUGCAUUUAAAAAAGAAUAAGACUU